AAUUCACAAAGCGUUUGGGAAUUACCCAAAAGUGUCACAGAAUAUUUACUAACUGCUACUAAUAUUACAAAUAACGAUAUAAUUAAGUACAAUGUAGAUGUGAAGUACGUACAAACAAUGAAAUUACACGAAGUGUAUAAAACUAUAUUUUCCAACAACUUUUUAUCACUCAAAAUCUUAGAAAUAGAUAACUGUAGUGAUGUGUUAUUCGAUGAAAAAACCACUUUUCCAAAACUGACAGAGUUGUAUGUGAGAUGGUCAAAGUUGCUUGUAUUCCGAGGAAAAUUUGAUGAACACAUGCUGACCUUUGCAAGCUUUAUCUAUUCAUCGAGUAUUUCAAUUAAAAAAAUGUUUUAUAGCAAACGGAGAGUUGUUUUUUUAUGUUGUGAUGAAAUUAUCUUUUACGACCAAAAACACGAAUUAUUGGAAACAAUUAUGGAGUGUAGUUCCAAAAUUAUGUGCAUCUAUGAUGGAAAAGUUGCAACUAGUGGGAUUACUGACUAUUAUUCCUCAUAUGAUUUUUUAAAAUGUUUUAUUCUACACUAUUUUAUUUCUUUUUCAUCAAACCUUUUUAUUGACAACAACAAAUUUGUAUUGAGAAAUGAUAGUAACAAUUCACUUGCAAUUUCAAGGGAUUUUAUGGACUCAAAAUGUGAACUUCCAAUGUUUUAUAAGUACAAUAAUGAAAUGUGUAUGAUCAAGUACGUGCGCUAUUUUGAGGUGAAAGCUGGCUAUGGCGACUUUUCUGUUGGCGUAUUUGAUCAAGACAAUUGGGCUGAUUUUCAAAACGAACCGAUUGGAUCAAACAAAUAUUCAAUUGGGUUUCACAGCAAUAUUUGGUCCUUAUAUUCGGAAUAUUUAUAUAAAAAUGGUAAUGAAAUUGACUAUGGCGAUGGUGACAAUUUUGUGAAUUCAGUCGACAAAGUAAAUGUAGUUGGAUGUGGUGUAUAUAAAACAUGGAAUAAUCAGAAUGUUGUUUUCUUCACAUUAAAUGGGCAUUUUGUAGGACGUUGUAAAGCCGACUUUAUCAAUUUUGGUGCGGCGGUGUGUAUAGCCAAUACAUCACAUUUUGAAGUGAACGACGGACAAAAUGAAAAUUUUCUUUUUAACCCACUCUUCUUUUUUAGUCACCUAGAGAGACAAUACAUGGUGACUGUUUCUAAAUAUUUUAAAACAGCUGGUGACUUCGCAACUAUCAGUUUGGUGUGUAAAAAGUACAAAGAAAUUUUAUAUGAUUUGAACGAAAAUUAUGUACAUCUUCCUCUUGAGUGUUUUCAAUAUUUUAAAGCACUCAAAACAGUCAACGUGUGGAGUCACAAAGAGUUUCAAGACAUUUUUAAUUACUAUUUAAAAUCAGAGAAACCGCUUCCAAAAUUUGUGAUUUGGUUUCCAGUCACUUACGACUAUGCAAAGGAAUUUGAAGGUCAAAAUAUUGUGUUUAAAACAAUUUGUUACACAAGUUCGGAUUUUGAUAAAUAUGGUUCAAAUAUUCCAAAUAAUGAAUGUGGAAUAGCCGCUUUGAAUGAUGAUGAUGAUGUGACAUGUGAUAACCAAAAUGUUAUUAAAAUUAACACGAAAGUGCUUCAAAUCAGAUCUUUUGUAAUUCCAGACAAUGUAACUAUGUUAGGAUUAUUGGCGUUCAACAGUUUUACAAAUCUUUGUGAUAUAAAAAUGUCUAAAAAUCUUAGAAAAAUAGGAGCAGGUGCUUUCACAAAUUGUAUUUCUUUGACUUCAAUUGUUUUGCCAGAAAAUUUAAAACAAAUUGAAAUGUUGGCUUUUCAAAAUUGCAAACAACUUUCUAAAAUAGAACUUUCAUCUUCUCUCACUUAUUUGGGAAUUGCUGCUUUUAAUAAUUGUGAAAAACUUGAGGAAAUUGAACUUCCAGAACAACUUGAUUAUUUAAACGAAGGGGUGUUUUCUCAUUGUGUUUCACUUACAAAGAUAGUCAUUCCAAAAAGUGUUUCUUUCAUUGGACGUUUUUGUUUUUUCAAUUGUGGAUUUGUGCAUUUUUCUGAAAUAAAUUUAAAGGUCAAUACACUUUCAUUUGGGUGUUUUGCUUGUUGUAAAUCACUUGUAAAAAUAGAUUUACCAGAAACAGUGACUUCGUUAGAAGAUGACUGUUUUUAUGGGUGUGAAAAACUGGAAACUCUCGUUUUGCCAUCAAGAUUGGAGUCAAUAGGAAGAUCCUGUUUUUUGAAGUGCGAAAAAUUGAUCAAUGUUAAAGUGCCAAAAACAGUCAAAACAAUCAAAGAAAACGCUUUUCCAAUAAACACAAAUAUCAUUUUAGACAAGUAA